GCCUAACCCCCUUUUGGCUUUGCAUUCCGCAAGGCCCCGCAAAUUGCAAAAUGCUGCCGACUCGGCCAACGCCACGCCCACACACCACAAACACGAUCGAUUCAUGGCGGAACCCGAGCCCAAGAAACCCAAAGCCAAAGAUCAUGUCGACCUCGUCUUUGACGCCGCCAAGGUGAAGGCCAAGGCCAAGGCCAAAGCCAUCGACGGCGAUGCUGACGUCGAGAUCGCUAAGCCGGCGGAGCAGCACGGCCACGGCAGCCGGCUGCUGCGGCGCGCGUGCUGCGCCCUGGGCGUGGUCGCCGCGGUGGCCGCCGUGGCGAUGCUGGUCCUGUCGCUCACCGUGCUCAAGGUGAGGGAUCCCACCCUGUCCAUGGACUCCGUCACGGUGGAGCGCUUCCAUGUGGGGUUCGGCACGGAGGCCUCCCGGCCGCUGCGGAUCAACGUGACGCUCGUCGCGGGCAUCGUGAUCAAGAACCCCAACUACGAGUCCAUGAGGUUCGGCACGAGCACCACGGAGUUCUACGUCGACGGCGUGCCGGAGUACGUCGGGCUGGGGAGCGCGCCGCCGGGGGAGGUGGCGGCGCGGGGCACGAGCCGGGUGCGGGUCGGCAUGGACGUGUUCGUCGACAGGGUGGGCGCGGCCGUGGUCGGGGAGGUGCUGUUCGGCCGCGGCGAGGUGCGGCUGGCGAGCCACACCGCCGUGGACGGCAGGGUGAGCGUGCUGGGCGGCCUGUACGGGCGGCGCGCGGUGCGCGUGGCGAUGAGGUGCCGCGUCGUGCUGCGCGUCUCGGCCGCGGUCGUCGUGGCCGGCUCGCCGUCGUGCGUCGCGGACUUCAGCAGCCACUGAUCUCGCAACGGUGCAAGGCGCGACGCGAUCGAGAGCGAUCCGCCAUAGUUUUCAAGUUUUUCUUUACCUUACUGGAGACGAACGGAUCGGACUAGUGAACCGUUCGCUAAUUACUCUCCUCUCUAGUCUCUCCCUUGUCAAAUUAUUUCUGUUGAUCAUAUCUUCUUUUUGUUUAAUUACUUUCGUUUUGUACCAUAAGAUGUACCACGUUCAUCCUAACUUUGAAAGCUGAGUAAAGUACGCCGAGAUUUUUCGUACAAAA